UUUUUCUCUUGUUAAUUGUUAGCGGGACAUAGACUAGAUUAAAGCAUGCUCAAUGCAUGAUUGCUUUGGUGCACGCUGAUUGGCUGAUUCUUAUCCAAUCAGCACUAGCCGAUAGUUGGAGAAUACUCUGGAAUCUUCUUAUGUAAAAACUAUAAAUAUACCGACGUUUUCCCCUAUUGUGCUUCCUACUGGCUUCUGACUUGCUAUUUGGAAUAUAAUCUCUUUCCUGUUCAACCGUGUUCUGAUUUGGGGACUUGUCGAGUGAAUCGGUGUCCGAGAAUACUAAGCAAUAGGAAUAGCUGGGUCAUUAACCGUAAGAAAGGAAGAGAUUAUAACAUUAAUGAACCUUUGGGUCAUGCUAGAAACAUCGUAUAGUAGAGUCGGAAGUGACCUCCAUUUUUAUCUUUUGUUACCAUGACAAGUUAUACGCUUCAGUAAUCAUUGUUCUUAUCUGAAUCUGCACGGACCACUAAAUUGGUGAGCUACUAAAAGUUGGUAGCUCUUGUUGAUCUGACUAAUUUGCACAGUGCGAUUGCAUAUACCGUGAAUAUAAAUUUCCAGUUUAAUCCCGUAUACUACACCUAUGCUGACCCCGCUUGUGUGACUGCCGUAAUGAGAAGCUAAAUAUAGGUUGCUGGAUGAAUUUAUUUCAGGCUUUCGUUUACUCAGGCAAACAAAUGGGAAGCGGCAAAGCAAGACAGAGAAGUGUGCCAACUCCAUUUGCUUGGGCGUGACUCACUAUUUAUAGCCAGGCAAAAGUAAGCUUAAUAUACAUGAAUAGGGUAAGCGAUACACAUACACAUAAAAAAGGCAAGGUUGUAGGUGAUUAAUUGACAUGGUGAAAAGAUGGUAUUGACAGUAACUUGAGAAGAAUAAGUUAAUUGGUCUGUCCGAAAGCUAGAAUAACUGGUGUGGGCGUAACAUAGUACUAGAUAUUACAAGUUCGUGUCUUAAGUAGUGAAAUCUAGUUAAAUGUCAUACUCCACGUAACGUCCUACUAUAUUAUUUCCUUUGAUUUUCUAGGCAAUUGUUCAUGGGCGCUAUAAAUUCACUAAUAGAUACCCCAGGCGGUUAUUCUGUUCUUCAGAGGAAUUCAGAAACUCGUCAUUGUCGUUUUUGUGGAUCUGCUUACAACGAUGUUUGUACAAAAGAUAUUCACACGUCACGUUUGGAAGAUCAUCAUCCUGCUGAGCUCUGUGGUAUUUGGCUGGGAAGAUUGUAUUCAAAUCAGAUGAAAGAGAUCCGUAUACAUGGAGACUUCACAGCUUUGUCUGCAACUCAAUCACACUGUGCUGAAACUGAAGGUAAUUUUGAAUCAGUAGAAUCUCCGCUGAUCACAUUACCAAAGCGUUCCUGCGCCCCAACACGGUCACAAGUUGCGACGUUGCUUCGACAUUCUGACACCACAAAAAACCAAUCCACAUUGAAGGAUUUUUUUUCUACAAUGGAUAUUCGUAAUUCAAGUUCAGUUCAGUAUACAGAACUUGAAGGUUGUCAUAUUAACGGGUGUUUGUUCGUAGAACAUGGGAAUUUGGUCUUCCAAGCUGUAAGCAAGAGGUCACAUGUUCCAUUUCUGCUCAUCGAUCAACAAAUGCUGGGACCAACUAGCGACUGUGUUGCUCCAAUAUUUCAUCAAACUAAUAGAGAACGAUUCCUUGACAAUCCGAAACUGCAUUGCUCAAUUCAGCGUCCAUUACCGAUUUCUUCAUUUCUUGAAAAUGGUUCUCAUUUGGGGAAUUCAGAUACGGUUGGACAGAAAUGCUCAGCUUCACUAGUGGAUAAUCCUUAUGUAUCGACAAACAGGUACCCUGAAGAUGUCAAACCUCGUCUUCCACCACCACCUUUAAGAUUGUCAUGGCCGUUAGUCACUUUACGUCGUUUUGGCUUCUAUGGCAAUAGUUUGUUUAAAGUGGAAACAGGUAGACGGGCUCCACGCGGUGAAGGACUGUACUUAUUUCGUAUUAAACAUUUACGAGAAUUCAGAAAGUCAUUUGAGACAUGUGUUCAUCAACAUAGAGAUAAUCUAUCCGUUCAUCAAUUAUCAACAUCGAUUUCUGAAAGUCGUUCAUUACUACGAAGUAAUAAUAAUAAUAAUAAUAAUAAUAAUAAUAAUAAUAAUAAUAAUAAUGGAAAAUUAUCAUUCAUUAUGCCAUUUAACAAAAUCUUCCAUAAACAAUCAUCAAUAUCAUUAAGUACUACACCUAUAUUCAAUGAUUCAAUCAAUGAAAAAAUAGAUCAUAAUCAAUUCAACGGAAGAAAUGAUCAUAAAAACAUAAUUGAUAAUCAUGAUCCAUUAAAUCAUUAUCAUAGAUCAUAUCCGCCAGUUUUAACAGAACGUAAUAAUUUAGCUUUUUCAUUUGAUGAUACAGAAAUUGAUCUUCUUCAUAAUCAAACUAUAAAAUUAAUGAAUAAUCAUCAUCAUAAUAAUAAGAAGAAUAAGAAAAUUCAACAAAAACAAGAACAUCAUGAUCGUGUAUCAUCAAAUUGUUUACAUUGGCUUCAAUUACAGAAUUCAUCAAAUCAUUUUAGUAAUAAUGAAAAUAAUCAACAUGAUAAUCAUACAAACAAUAACCAUGGUAAUAAGCUACAACAUAGUUUUAAAUAUUCUUGUCCACAAUUAACUGAUAUUGCAUCAAUGAAUCCAAUUAACUGUAAUGAAGAUGAUGAUAAUGAUGAUGAUGCUACAGCUACUAGAAGCAAUAUUAGUCAUCAAUGUCAUCAUGUCGGUAGAGGAUGUUGUCAACGUAGUGGUGGUAGUUAUUUUUCUGUUCAUCAAUCAAAUAAUCAUCAGUCACAUUGUCUUAAUAAAGACACAAAAAAUGAUACAAUUGUUGAUAUGGAUGAGUGUAUUGUUAAAGUUGAUGAAGAUGAUGAAAUAUCUAAUCUACCUGAAGCACCUUUACCACCUUUAUAUAACAAUUCAUCAUCUUAUUGUGAUAUCAUACAAGGACAAAGUGUAUGUUAUCAACGAAUUUAUGAUAAUUUAAUUGCUGUCAAUAAUGGAAUGAAUGAUACUACUUCUAAUAAUGAUAACGAUAAUUGUUGUUGUAGUACAAUAAGGCGUUCAUUGCCAUCAAUGACAACGCCAACAACACCCACAGUUUGUUUCCCUCAUCAACUAUCUAACGAAUACGGUGAUAAUAAUAAUAAUAAUGUGGCAGAAAUUGAUAAAAAGACCAGUGUAGAUGGGCAAACACAAAUUGACGGGGUUGGUCCUGUAGUAUUAGCAUUAGAAAGAGGUGAUUCAACGCCAUCUUUUGGAGAACAAAAAUUAGCACAUAUCAAUGAUUGUAACAAUCCACCUGCUCAGUUAAAGAAAUCAUUGUCAUCAGAUAUAAAUCUACCAGAAAUGAUCGAUAAACCUAGUUCAAUUAUAUCAAACAAUUCUACAACAACAACAACAACUAAUGGUGAUAAUAAUAAUAACUCGAAAGAACAUGAUGUAAUGAGAAAGUUUAGAAACAAAUCUCAAACAUUAAUUCUACCAAGAUUGCCAUCAAUAUCAACAUCAUCCAAAAUCUACUUACAUUCAAGACAUGCUAGUCUACCAAAUCCAAAUACAUGUAGUAAUACUGUUAUCAUUGGUGAUGGUAUUAGCCGUCGUGAACAUAGUUAUGCUAACACUGGUACUAAUCAUAAUCGACAAGAAAAUAUGCCAUUUCGUGUAAAUAAAAAGAUUCCAUCUGAUUAUUUAUGUAAGAUACAUCGUAAUCUUAGUAAUUCUUCAGACAGAAAGAAUUCUGACAUGCUAGAUAUGAUUACUGAGUAUUCACCGUAUUAUAAUUUGUCGACAAGUCCUCAGACUUUAACUCAAAUCCAGUGUACUGGUCUGUGCACUUCUCAAACAAUUACUUCAUCGCCACCUGGAGAGAAUAAUCAAAAGUGUAUUCAUUCAUCUAGUGUUUCGUGUUUACCUACUGAUUUCACAUCCAACUGUACAUCUUUAUCUUCUGCAAAUCAUCCUGUUUCAGGGGAUAAUAUAAAUCGUAUAUCAUAUUGCAGUUCAUAUUCAAAAGAAUCACCUAUUCAGACUGCUCGUAAUCAACCCUCACCAUCAGUAGCAUCAUCGUCUGUAACAAUAAGUACUAAUAUUUCUGUUACUACUACUGCUACUACUACUUCUCCCUCAAUAACAACAUCUACCACUACCACUGUUCCAUGUAGGAUAGGUAACUUAGGCUGUCAUAACAAUUUUGAAAAGCCCACAAGUAUGUUGCACUAUGCAACAUUAGACUUUGGUAUCAUGACUCCAGAAACAUCCCAUUACAGGAAUGAAAGUUAUCCCGAUAUGAAUACUGUUCGUUGGAAUAACAAUAUCCACGACAUGGAUAAUACACAUACCGGUUCUACCCGCAAUCAGAAAAGUUGCAGUAUGGACAACACUGUUACUAAUGCCAAUAACCAUAACAUUAAUAAUAUUAGUCACAGUAAUCUCAAUGAUAAUUAUUCUUCACGUAUUUACGGGACUCUUACAGACACUCUACAUUCACAUUUAAUAGAAUCUCCUUGUCAUCAUCAUUUUUCUGGACAUACUGUAUCUAGUAAUAACAGUGCAAACUGUGAAGAUAUGAUUCGUGAUGAAACAGAUUCUGAUUUACCGUCAAAUUAUGUUGCUAUCUGUCAAUUACAAACAUUAGCAAUGCGAGCCGUUUUAAGUGCAACCACAUAAAUAUCUAGGAAAUAUUUAUUGUUAUAGUUUUACUACUUAUUUUCACAAAUAAGUAGUUAAAAAUAAAAUAACUACAAUUUUUGCAUCUCAUGUUAUGGUUCAUUAUUAUUUUCUUUUUUUUUUCUCUCUACAAAACAAUGCAUUUUAUAAUUUGUACACCAUGACAACAUUUUAAAUCUUAAUGUAAUUGGAUUAGGUUUGGCUUCUUUUUCUUUAUUUUUUUUUGAAUGAAUGUAUAUUAAAAUGAGAGUAUCUAAUUGUUAAUCUAUCUCUGAUCAAUCAUAUGAAAUUGUUCAUUUCAAUUUUGUAUUAGGUAAACAAUUCCUACGUAAAUCUUAGAUCUCAAUUCCUUAUCCUCUACUAUGAAACACAUCCAUCCAUUUAUGAUAAUAAUAAUACCUUUAUUGAUAAUUAUAAUAUUCCCAGUUAUACUAGAAAUGUUUUGUUAUCUUUUAGGUGUUUGGUUUCUUUCUUCUCCCUUUUUUAUUUCUCAUUAUGAUUUGAUUGUAUGCAUGUAUGCAUCCCUUAUUACUUCUUGAAUAAAAAGAACAAAAAACAUGCUUCAUAUGUAUCUGACUGAUUUGGUAUUUUUCUUGUAAUUUCUUUUAUUCUUUCAAAUAAAGAAAGAAUUUGUAGUCCCUUGUAGCUUAGUUAUUUAUUCUUUAUCUUGAUGACUUUUGAUUUAUUUUUUUUUCUAUUAUGGAGAUAAAACCCCAAUUGUAUUAGAUCCAUUGUGCAUUUAUGUAAUAUUGAUUUUCUUUUUGUUUCAAUGAAGUAACAUUUCGGAUAUUAAUUUUUAAAGAUCUCUCCGUAUAUGGUUUACUUCUACAAAUAUAUUAUGAAUUGAUAUUUAUUUAUGUAAACACAUGAAUAUUGGUAGAAAGGGGCAACAAAUCGAUAUGAGCCACAUAAAUCGUCCGAUUUGUGUGAGGGCUGAGAUACUUCCCGGGUGCCAGAUGAUUUUCUUGAGGGGCUACUCCCCGAGUCUUUGACCUAGAGGUCCAAUCCACAAGUCAGUAGAGCAAUGUAAGGAGACGUAGUCACAUGGUAGCUGGUGUCUAACAAUAGGUUGAUACGCUAUUUAUUCCUUCAAGAUACUGGAGCCCAUGUACACCAUUAGUUUGGAAUCAGGGUUUUCCAACUUCCUUAAGUGGACUCUCUGUGUCCACUGAAUUCGUUAAUAGGAAUGAUGUGAGUAAAUAUCUGAGAUUUUUAAUUAGAAUAGUCUUAGAAAAGUGUGAAUACGCAGUGGUCGUACUUUUAUUAUUUUGUUAUGCGAUAUCUUGUAAAUCCUGGAUGUUUAUAGUAAACCCUGUCAACAUUAUUAUUGUGUUAAAGAUGUUUUAUUAAAAUAUUUGAAUGCUUUAUGAAGAUUCUUAUUCACAGUGUUAAAAUUACUAGUACUGCUAGCAUUUCAAUAAACAAUGUAUUGUUUUCGGGUAUUCUAUUAAGAUCGUAGUAUGUUUGAUUAUGUACGUAGAAAGUGGACUGAAUAUUGACAUUCUAAAGUAUACGCCAUCACAUUAGUAAUGAUCACUAGUUCUUAUCGUUUACUAUGGUCAUCACUAUGCAGAUACUAAACAUGCAUUUUUCAAAUUAAUCUAAUUUUCACCUAUCGAAAUACAUAAUGU